AUGAAUUCUGCAAACUCUCCGAAUAACAUUGACCUACAUUGCAACUUGUCGUCUGAUUUAUUCCCUCAAUUUAUGCAAACCUCUACGUCAGCUGUUGUCAAAAUCACAACUGGAGAGAUCAAUGAAGACAACAAUAAUAUGCUGCAUGGCAUCAAUGGCGUUGCCUUGAUUGAUUUGAAUAGUACUGAUAACGAUGACCAAUACUCACACUCCAGCAGUUUAGAGUCUCGAAACUCUCUCACUAACCAUCAAGGCAGUCAGGAUGGUGAUGGAGAAUCCGGUUCCACUUCCUGCUCAGAGGACUCUUUCGAAAUGUCAAGUACUUGUAGUAUACGAGAGGAUAUGUAUGAUGAAACGAGGAGGCUGACGGAAAAUAACGAAGUGAUUCCACGAAGGUCGGAUUUCAGUAAAGCGCCAAGCUACGAAAACCAAAACCCAUAUCAAGUCACCAGCAAUCAAAACCAUUACGGUGAGACAUCAUCGAGAGAUGACCAAUUACAAAAGAUCCGAAGGAACGUGGCAGAUCAAAUUGAGCACAUAGACACAGGUCUCCCUCAAUUAGAUUUUGUGAAGCUGGAAAAACAACUGACAACGGCUGCCAAAGAAAGGGAAGACGUGGAGAAAAGAAUGGCAAUUGAUAAUGUUGGGGAAAGAAAAGAUUGUGACAACUGGAAAAAAUAUCCUGUUUCUUACCAACCUUACAAAAAGAGUAACUCAGUUCUGAGGCUGCCGCCUAGUAAAAACUUACAAGUCUGCUUUAUGAAUGAACUCAGUGAAACGGAAACUGAAAACGGGGAAGAAUCGGAAGAUUCUGACAUGGAGCAUAUGUAUGUGAGAAAAAGCAGAUCGGUGCCUAAUUUUAAAAACCCUGCUAAUCCGGAUGUGCUGGACCCCAAAACUUUGAAAGACUUACAUGAAAAAUUGGAGAAGAAUUUGGACCUCAAUGAUAACGAGCAAUGCAAAAUGCUGCGACACGAGGCACAUCGAGUGAUGAAGAUUGCAGAGGAGGGAGCAAAAAUGUCGCUGGCAGAAUAUAGAAGAGGAAGAUCAAAAGCAAGCGAGGUUCCACGACAAGCAAGGCAGUAUCUGAGCAAGACUAAACUGACGGAUAUUCAGUUAAUCCUUCAGCAAAUGGAAGAAGCCAUAAGCAGAAAAAAUAACGAGUUGGUCGGACUUCUUCUCGAACGUGACAACUUGCACAUGGAACAUGACUCAUUGCGAGUCGACAUUGACGAUUACACUCAACAGAGAUCUCCCCUAGUCUUCCUAGACAUGCGGCGGUUGUUGAAUCUCCAACAGGGACUUGAAAAAAAUUCACUUGAAUCAAGAAAUGGGAUCUAA